GGGUGUCCGUUGACAAUUUAUUAUUUCUGAGAAAUAUUUACGAUCACUUGUCCUCACCCCAUGCAUUUUUCUCUGGGUUCAAAUUUUUCAGGUCAUUCGUAUCAUCUUCUAGAUUCAUUCCAUUCGUUAUCAAUAAAAUAAAAAAUGGACAGGGAUAUAAUUUAAUGCUCUAGAUACCGUUUCCAGGGAUUUGAGAAUCGAUUAAACAUCAGUCGAUGUAGAUUGAAAAAAUGGCGAAUGGAGCUGUCAAUCCUGAACAUAAACGAGCCGGAAAUAAUUUGUCGACGAUUUACGGCAGAAUUCGUUCUCUCAGAGUACCCACCAUUGGGGCUGAUAAGAUGAAGGUGACCUUUUGCACGGAUAUGGAUAAAUCCGUGAUUGUUUAUAAUUUUGAAAAACGAGGAUGGGCACAGGUUGGACCAGAGGACGACUGGAAUUUUUACUGGGCAGUAACGCAGUCCUGUCGAAAUAUAUUCAGCGUGGAGACAGGAUAUCGAAUGGGAGACAAUCAAACAAUAAAUCAUUUUCCAAAUCACUACGAAUUGACUCGGAAGGAUUUGUUGGUGAAAAAUAUCAAGAGAUAUCGAAAAGAUCUCGAACGAGAGGGAAGUCCUCUAGCCGAGCGUGGAGAUGGCCCGGGAAAAUAUCUCCACUUGGAUUUCAUUCCUGUGACUUUUGUGUUACCUGCGGAUUACAAUAUGUUCGUCGAAGAGUAUCGCAAGUCUCCACAGAGCACUUGGAUCAUGAAACCCUGUGGGAAAUCCCAGGGGGCGGGUAUUUUCUUGAUCAACAAACUGAGUAAAUUGAAAAAAUGGUCCCGAGAGGCUAAAAAUCCGUUCAAUCCAAAUUUAUCAAAAGAAUCGUACGUGAUAUCUAGAUACAUCGACAAUCCCCUCUUAAUCGGUGGUAAAAAAUUCGACCUGCGGCUGUACGUUCUGAUAACAUCCUUCCGGCCCCUGAAAGCCUAUCUCUUCAAACUCGGUUUCUGUAGAUUCUGCACAGUCAAGUACGACACGAGCAUACAGGAGCUCGACAAUAUGUACGUUCAUCUCACGAAUGUCUCCGUCCAAAAACACGGGGACGAGUACAAUAGUCUCCAUGGGGGCAAACUCAGCGUUCAAAAUCUUCGUCUGUAUCUGGAGAGCACUCGGGGAAAAGCUGUGACGGAAAAGCUCUUUGCAAACAUCUCCUGGUGCAUUGUUCACUCACUCAAGGCUGUCGCUCCAGUUAUGGCUAACGAUCGACAUUGCUUCGAGUGUUAUGGAUAUGAUAUAAUCAUUGAUAAUAAAUUAAAACCCUGGUUGAUCGAGGUCAAUGCCUCGCCCUCUCUGACAUCAACAACCGUUAACGACAGAAUCUUGAAAUACAAGCUCAUAGAUAACAUUGUAUCCGUGGUAUUGCCUCCCGACGGAGUGCCAGAUGUCAGAUGGAACAAGUGCCCCACGCCACAGGCAAUGGGGAAUUUUGAGCUCCUCCUCGACGAGGAACUCUCUGCUCAAGAGGAAAAGGACGUCUACUCCAGCAAAUACAGAAGCUCCUCCAACAAAUGGAAAUGAUCUACGAAGUGAGGAGAAUAAACAACUCGCGUGAAUUUAAAAUAAAACAAAAAAAUUAUUAUUAGUCGUUUUUCUUUUCUUUUUUCUGUACAAAUAUGAUACACAAGCAGAUAUGAUAGAUAAUGUUGUAUAUAAAAUACGAAUGAGAGGAAAAUCCUUCGGUUAUCAUUGAAAAAUUUUUUAAUACUUUUCUUCUUUUUUUUUAUGGGGCAAAUUCGUAAAAAUCGGCAGUGUGAAAUGCUCUGUGAAAUUAUCGGUGGCGAUUAAUAUUUUCGCCGUGCGACGAUUUUUUAUCUAUCCUAUAAUCAUUAAUGGUUAUGGCACCCUGUAAUUAUUAAUUAGGGCUCGAUUGCGUUAUCUUUACAGCCUUAGAUCUUUCUCAUACACCCAUAAUUUUCGGAAAUUCCAUCUUGAUAUACGUUGAAACGGCAAUUAAAAAAUAUUUGAGAUACGAACUUUGAGAAAAUCCAGAUAACGACUGAAAGAGAAACAAUCGAGCGUAAUCUCUUCUAUUCAAUGAACUGCCGCAACAGAAUAAGGCAAACUGUAAUCUUUUCCUCAAAAUUUAUUUCGGAUUUAUUCUCAUAAGUCUAGUUUCUAUUUCCUCCGAUUAGAAUUCAUCUUCAAAUUUCCCAAUGCUGAUUAUUUCCGGUACAAAGCCAAUGAAAUAUCAUUUUUUUUGGCUUCUACUAUUAUUUUUCCUGUGAUUUACAAACAUUCAGAAAUAAUGUCAACUUAUCCGUCACAGCAAUCCAAUAUUGAAUACAAAAUAUUGACACGGACUCAAUAAAGAUGUGAACGAUCCGUGAUGUGUACAAAAGCAUCGAUAUCCAAUUUCUCAUGAAUUCUGAAUGUGCAUGUAAAAUAUAGUCAAUACGUGGAAACCUCACGUAAUUUAUCUCUUCGAAAAUCAUUACUAACUCUACAUAUUCAUGUUUACUCGAAGCAGCCUUUGGUUAAAUGCCACAAUCAGGUAAGAAACCGUGGGGUCCAUGUUCUUCUCUUUUCUCCGUUGAGACGCAAACAACGAUAAUAUAAUA